AUGGAUUACCAGAAUCGUGCAGGCUCCAAAUUCGGUGGCGGCGGUGUCGCGGACCGCUCCGCAACGAACGCUGACCGUCGCGAGCGACUGCGCAAGCUCGCCCUCGAAUCAAUCGAUCUCGACAAAGACCCCUACUUCUUCAAGAACCACGUUGGAAGCUUCGAGUGCCGCCUCUGCUUAACCGUUCAUCAAAACGACGGCUCCUACCUCGCUCACACCCAGGGCCGCAAGCACCAAACGAACCUAGCUCGCCGAGCUGCCCGCGAGGAGCGCGAAGGCAAACAAGACCCGUCUUCGCUCCCAGGUGCCUACGGCGUACAGGUCAAGAAACAGACGAUCAAGAUCGGCCGCCCCGGAUACAAAGUCACCAAGAUCCGCGACCCCCUCACCCACCAGACCGGACUGCUCUUCCAGAUCUUUACCCACGAGAUCACCCCCGGUGUCACCCCCCGCGUUCGCUUCAUGUCCGCAUUUGAGCAGAAGUUGGAGACGCCGGAUAAGGACUACCAGUACCUGAUUUUUGCGGCGGAGCCGUACCAAUCUUUCGCAUUCAAGCUGCAGUCCAAGGAAAUUGAUCGACGUGAUGGCCAGUAUUGGACAUGGUUUGACGAGGAUAGCAAGAAUUUCUGGCUGCAGAUUAUGUUCAAGACUGAGCGCGAGGAGCGUUUCACUGGUGUACCUGGCUUGGCUCCUCUGCGGACCUGA